GUAAAUAUGGACACAGUUAACACAAAUGUGCCUAUAACUUGAUCAUCAUCAAAUGCAAAACAAUAAGGAAAAGAAACAAAGACAUGGGUCUUUUACAGAAGCUACUCCGCCCUGGUUUUUGGGUCCUUUUUGUUGCACUUUGGUCCACACCGUAUACUGGCUCUGCUUCUGUUGAAGAGGCUAAUGCUUUACUCAAAUGGAAACAAACCUUUCAAAGAGCCAAUAUUUCUGUGCUAACCACAUGGAUACUUGAUCCAAAAAAUGGCUCCAGUUCAAGUGCCAGUAGCCCAUGCAACUGGUUUGGGGUUUCUUGCAAUGCUGAAGGAAGCAUCACCCGGUUGAACCUCAUGAAUUCAGGCAUCAAUGGUACUCUCGAAACCUUUCCAUGCUCAUCUUUUGCGAAUCUUGCAUACGUUGAUCUAAGCAUGAACGAACUCUCUGGUCCCAUCCCAUCUCAAAUUAGUUCACUCCCGCUUGCCUACCUUAAUUUGUCAACUAAUGAGUUUUCGGGAAACAUCCCACCAGAAAUUGGUCUCUUAGCAAAACUUGAAACACUCCAUUUGCAACAAAAUCAUUUGAAUGGCUCAAUUCCUCGAGAGAUAGGCCAGUUGAAGUCCCUUUCUGAGUUUGCUUUGUACACCAAUCAUCUUAGUGGUCCCAUUCCAUCUUCUUUGGGCAAUUUGAGCAACUUAGUUUCUCUAUGCCUGUACGAUAAUCAACUUUCUGGCUCAAUCCCUGAAGAAAUGGGGAAUCUGUCAAAUCUUGAGUUGGUUUACAUGGAUAGUAAUAGCCUAACUGGUCCCAUUGCUUCCACUUUUGGAACCUUGGAGCGGCUGACUGUGUUGCACCUGUUCAACAACACACUUUCUGGUUCCAUUCCUAAUACAAUAGGAAACUUGAAAGCAUUAGUUAGCCUGAGCUUGCACACCAACAAUCUUAGUGGCUCCAUCCCACAAACCUUGGGUGAUCUGACCUCCCUCACUCACCUCCAUCUUUACAUGAAUCAACUUUCUGGUUCAAUUCCUAAUGAAUUAGGAAACUUGAAAUUUCUCGUCGACUUGAAAUUGAGCGAUAACCAACUCAGCAGUUCCAUUCCUGCUUCGUUUGGAAACUUGUCCGAAUUAACACACUUAUUCUUGCGUGUAAACAACCUUUCUGGUGCCAUUCCAAAAGAAUUUCGCAAUUUGAAAAACUUGGUUGUACUGGAAAUGGAGGGAAAUCAAUUUUCUGGGGAUCUCCCGGAUAUUUGCCAAGGUGGGAAGCUUCAGAAUUUCACAGUAUCCACCAAUCAGCUAACGGGUCGUAUCCCAAAAAGCUUGAGAGACUGCUCGAGCCUAGUCAGAGUCCUCCUUGAAGGAAACCAACUCACUGGAAGCAUAUCAGAAGACUUUGGGGUCUACCCACAUCUUGACUACAUGGAUCUAAGUCGCAAUAAAUUCUACGGAGAAAUCUCUGAGAAUUGGAGUAAGUGCCCUAAAUUGCAAUCCCUACGGAUGGGAGGGAACAAUAUAACAGGUAGCAUACCACCGGAGUUGGGAGAUUCAGCUCAACUACACAGGCUUGAUCUUUCGUCAAAUCAUUUGACUGGAGAGAUUCCAACGGUAUUAGGGAAGUUGAGUUCUCUAUUGGAACUGUAUCUAAAUGACAACCAACUUUCCGGUGGUAUACCAAGAGAAAUUGGAUCACUAACUGAACUAGAAAAGCUUGACCUGUCGAUAAACAAGUUAAGUGGGCCAAUAGCAGCUGGAAAUCUAGAGAAUUGCAUCAAACUGAAUUACUUGAACUUGAGCAACAACAAUUUUAGCCAAGAAAUCCCAGGUCCAUUGGGAAAGCUACCUCACCUGGGUGAAAUGGAUCUCAGUCAAAAUUCACUUACGGGGGAGAUACCGCCGGAGAUCGCAGGUUUCAAGAGUUUGGAGUGGUUAAACCUCUCCCACAACAAUCUGUCUGGCUUAAUUCCAAAUGUUUUCGAAGAAAUGAAUUGGUUGGUGCACGUCGACAUAUCCUUCAAUGAGUUGGAAGGUCCUAUUCCCAACAGCAAAGCCUUAAUGAAUGCUACAAUACAGGGCCUUCAGGGGAACAAAGGCUUGUGUGGAAAUGUCCCAGGAUUGCAGUCAUGCAAAAAUCAAAUGGACCACCGGACUCUUGUUUUUGUAAUUGCGUUCACUCUUGGAGGAGAGCUUUUGCUUGUAGGUGCAUUCGUCGGAUUCCUCAUCAUUUACAAUCGAAGAAAGAGAAAGUCACAUGUAGAAGAUCCCUUCAACAAUGAAGAUCUCUUCGCUGGAACAACCUACAUCAGUGGAACAACAUACAAUGACGUCCUAAAAGCCACGAACAAUUUCGAUGCCACGUAUUGCAUUGGAAAAGGAGGAUAUGGAGCUGUCUACAAAGCAAAACUUUCAGGCCAUACUGUGGCGGUUAAGAAGCUUCAUCCUUUGUCUGAGAAGGAUGAUCGUCAAGGUUUCUUGAACGAGGUAAGGGCACUAACUGAAAUCAGGCAUCGCAGCAUAGUGAGGCUUUUUGGAUUCUGUUCGCAUGCCCAGAACUCUUUUCUUGUUUAUGAGUACGUCGAAAGGGGAAGUUUGGCUUCAAUUUUCAGCAAUGAUGCUAAACAAUUGGAUUGGCCGAAGCGGGUGAAUAUUAUCAAGGACGUGGCAGAAGCUUUGUCAUACAUGCACCAUGAUUGCACGCCACCAAUUGUUCACCGUGACAUAUCAAGCAAGAACGUGUUGAUUGAUAGCGAUUUUGAGGCUCGCAUUUCCGACUUUGGUGCGGCUAAACUUUUAAAGUUUGAUUCCUCUAAUUGGAGUCCACUUGCAGGCACAUAUGGAUACGUUGCACCAGAGCUUGCCUACACAAUGAAGGUAACUGAGAAGUGUGACGUGUUUAGCUUUGGAGUGUUAGCACUAGAAGUGAUCAAGGGAAAGCAUCCGGGAGAUUUUGUUUCCUUUCUAUCAACAUCAGCUGUUGAAAAUGUAGCAAUGAGCGAUGUAUUGGAUCAAAGCCUUUCACCUCCGUCUCCUGAAGUUGAGGAGGUAGUGAAGUACAUGAUCAAGUUGGCAAUUGCAUGCUUGCAUUCCAAUCCACAAUCUAGACCAACCAUGCACAUUGUUUCUCAACUGUUAUCUACCAGCAUAAUCUCUUAAAGCCGCAAAGACUCAUACAAAGAUGAGACAAAGCCACUUUCCUAGUGAGUAUAUAUGAAAUACAAAGACCAAAUAAACCUAAUGCUCUGGUUAGCAUAGUGUAUUGAAGCAAAAAACCUUCAGAAUUUCUUUUUCUCUUUAUGUUGUUUUGUAAUUGCUUGUACUUAGAGCAUUGCUAGUAUUGAAGUUUGUAGGAUUUUAAAAUAUUUUUACUCUUAGUCUAUCUGCUAUAUAUGUAGAGAGAGAGAAAGACCUAAACUGAUUUUGGAUGCCGUGAUAUUGAAGGAUCUAGGCUUACCAAAUCUAAAUGAACAGAUAGUCCUGGACAGAGCUCAAUGAAAAAAUAGGAUUUAGGUGACAACCCCAAUUAUUUUGGACACGAGGCUCGGUUUGGUUUGACAGAAUGAUACUUUAUCAUUUAAACAACUUCAAUUUCUCUACUAGUAUACAGUCCUGCUAUAAUAACGUGUUUAUCUACAGUCCAUGUAUUUAAAAUCUUGGUUGUGAUAGAAAUUCAUCGAUAACCCCAUUUCGGAUUUGAUAAAAACCACAAUAUAUAGUCAAAUAUGCAACUCAGAAUUUGAAAUCUGUCAUACAAAAUUGAAAAUUAAAUUACCUUGCGAUUGGAUACCGAAUCCAUCUCUGAUGCCUCAAAAGAUUAACCCUGAAUUAGUUGGUUGUCAACUGCUCCUAACGCCGAAUAUCAAAAACCAGACACGUCCUCAUAGCCCAGAUGUAAUGUAAAUUAUGGUCCGACCUAACCAAAUCGUCAAACAAAAAACCGCGUCAAUUUAGACAUGACAAAGGGAGAUACUAGAAAAGAUAAGCACUAUCCGAAUGAGUCGUGAUGUGAAAUUUAAAUCCGGGCGGGGUACAAUGGGGUGUGUCUGAGAGAGAGAGAGAGAGAGAGAGA